AUGGAUAACUCCUCUGAGAUCACCUUCUUCAUUUUGGCUGUGUACGAGGGUGUAGGAAACAUGAGAUAUUUCUAUUUCAGCAUUUUGCUUGUUUUGAAUGUUACAAUUAUUCUGGCAAAUGUAUUGCUUAUUGUAGUAAUCUUUGUGGACCGGAGUCUGCAUGAACCAAUGUAUGUUUUUCUGUGUAAUUUAUUUGUGAAUGAAUUGUAUGGAAGCACUGCAUUACUUCCUGGAGUGUUACUUAAUCUUUUGUCAGAUACUCAUGAAGUCUCCAGUGCUUGCUGUUUUUUGCAAAUAUUUUGCGUGUAUACAUAUGCAUCUAUUGAAUUGUGUAAUUUAGCUGCUAUGGCUUAUGACAGGUAUUUGUCCAUCUGUCAUCCACUACAUUACAGCAAUAUAAUGACUGCUUGCAAAGUGUAUACAUUAAUUGUGUUCAUCUGGGUUUAUUCAUUUGUAAAAUUUUCAAUUAAUCUCUCAUUAACUUUGCAGGUACCAUUGUGUGGAAAUAUCAUAUAUAAAGUGGGUUGUGACAACUUCUCUUUGAUCAAACUAGGCUGCACAACCAGUAUGUUGAACAACAUUUAUGAGCUUUGUGGCACAGUUGUGACCAUUGCUGUCCCAUUGAUUCCCAUUUUAUAUUCAUAUGCAAAAAUUAUCAGAAUCUGUUACAAGUCUUCCAAAGAAGCUCAGAAGAAAGCUUUAAACACCUGUACUCCCCACUUAAUAUCACUCAUGAACUUCUCGUUUUGCAGUUUUUUUGAAAUUGUCCAAAACCGAUUUGAUUUGACUUAUGUUCCCUCAGUCAUGCGUAUAACAUUAUCAGUGUACUUUUUGAUAUGUACUCCACUGUUUAAUCCAAUUAUGUACGGAGUAAAGAUAACAAAAAUAAGGAAAGCGGUUCACAAAAUGUUAUUUGCUAAAACCAUUUUUCCACAGUUUGAAUUUGCUAAAUAA